UAACUCAAACAGGGCUCUUCCAGCGUCGUCUUCGGUAUUACCCCGCAGUCAACCGGCUCCGUUAUCUCAAGGCACCCAGACUACGAAACAAAGCGCCACUUCCGCGCCUGCGCAGGUCGGGUGAGGCGGGCAAGCGACUAUCGCCUCUGGAUGAGUGAGCGUGCACGCAGACGCAGGCAAGUGGCAACGGUUUUUGCCUGGCUCUGGCACCACUCCUAGUCCUACUAACUGGAGGAGGAGUACACAAAAAAUCACUUCCGGGGAAGUGAAGCCACGUUUUCUGGGCUGCAAGAUGGAGGAGACUAGUGCAAGUGAUGAGCCGGUUUCCGGGGAGCUGGUGUCUGUGGCACAUGCUCUUUCUCUUCCAGCAGAGUCUUACGGUAACGACCCUGAUAUUGAGAUGGCUUGGGCCAUGAGAGCAAUGCAGCAUGCCGAAGUCUACUACAAGCUGAUUUCAUCAGUUGACCCACAGUUCCUGAAACUCACCAAAGUGGAUGACCAAAUCUACUCUGAGUUCCGGGAAAAUUUUAAGAACCUCAGAAUAGAUGUAUUGGACCCAGAAGAGCUAAAAUCAGAGUCAGCUAAAGAGAAGUGGAGACCAUUCUGCUUGAAGUUUGAUGGGAUUAUAGAAGACUUCAACUAUGGUACUUUGCUGCGACUAGAUUGCACUCAGGGCUACACUGAGGAAAAUACCAUCUUUGCUCCCAGAAUACAAUUUUUUGCCAUUGAAAUUGCACGGAACCGGGAAGGUUAUAACGAAGAAGUUUACACCAGUAUGCAGGACAAAGAAGGAGAGAAAAGAGCUGAAACAGGAGAGAAAGCCAAAAGUGAAGGAGAGAGAAGAGCUGACAAAGGAGGAGAAAAAGAGAAAAAAGCCAGCAAACCAACAAAGGCAAUGUAACAGCUAUGUAAGGUAGACAGGGAACAGCACUCUGGAAGCUGUGACUCAACUGAGCCUGUCAGUACUAUGGUGCUAUUUGCACAGACCCUUUGGAUUAAACGUAUGUCCUUGUGCAAUUGAAGAACAUACAGAAGGACUUCUUUCUAGCCUAGUCAGGAGCUGCUGUGAUUGUAUUAACUGCCUUAUGUCUCUAUUAGUGAAGUCUCGAUUGUUUCUUGGUCCUUGUCACCGGUCAACUAAGAAAUUUUGUAAAUAAAUUUCCUUCAGUUCUUAUUAUUAUCUAUAGCUACGCUUGACUUGAAAAAGGCACUUAAAAUUAUUUAGUACUUCAUAUUUUUUUCAGGUAUAUAAUGCCUUCAGCCAUGUUUUGUGUAAAAUGACUUAUGCCUGUUUCUUAAUUCUUUUAACUGUUUCACAUAGUGAAGUUUCUUCAUACCUAAUAAAUUGUACGUUGUGUAAGGAUUAGAAUUUGGUUCUUGCCCUUCAACUGACUAUACCUUUUGGUUUUCCUUUGAUAUAUCUGACAUAAGAUUUGAUAAAUACUCAAUGGGAUAACAGCACAUCUUGAACCUGUCAGACUAGUGAAUGCAGUCCAGUUCAUAUUAGUGGAGCAAGAGGCGACCUGCUUCAGUACCUGCUUCUUUUGAGGUAUCCAGGUUGUAACCUAAAACCUAGAAAUAAUGAUGAAUAUAAAGCCUGGUAGAGUGGCUUCCCUUUUAUAUGCUGUGGAGAAUAGCAUACGUUUAUGCAUUAAUGCAAAGUGAACAUAUUUUUAAAAAUGUGUUUUUGGUGAAAAUACACACAGCAAAACUGGUUCCCAUUCAACAAUUUCUACACAUAAAUGUUCAGUGACAUUGGUAACAUUCUUCACAUUGUGUCAACAUGCUCGUUAUUUCCGUUCUAGUUGUUCCAUUCCCAUUAACUUAGUCUCAUUGUCUCCGAAACUUUCUCAUCUAUGCUUUAGAGUGACUGUUGUCUAUUUGGCCUCAUAUAAACAGUUUUAAUUUUAAUUUAUAUUGUUAUGUAACACUAGUUGGAAUUCCUGUAAUGUGACAGCACACUCCCACUUUCCACCCCGGAUUUUCCGUGUCCAUCCAACUAGCCCCUUUCCCUUUCUGCCUUCUUAUCCUGCCUCUGUCAGGAGCUGCCCAUUUAGUCUCGUGUGUCUACUUGAACUAAGAAGCACACUCUUCAUGAGUGUUAAUUUAUUUGUUUUAUAGUGCAGUCUAAUCUUUAAAGAGUUGGCUUCAAGAAUGGUUUUAGUUCUGGGUUAACGGAAAGUCGGAGGGCCAUGUCUUCGAGGGUUCCUCAAGUCUCAGUCAAACCAUAAAGUUUGGCCUUUAUGUGAAUUUGAGUCCUGCACCACAUGUUUCUCCUGCUCCAUCAGGGACCCUGUGUUGUGUUCCCUGUCAGGGCGGUCACCGGUGGUAGUCAGGUACCAUCUAGUUCUUCUGGUCUCAGGUUGAUGAAGUCUCUGGAUUUUGUGGCCCUCUUAUCUCUUGGGGAAAUAUUUUCCAUGUGUCUUUGGUGUUCUUCAUUCUCUUUUACUCCAGGUGGGUUGGGACCAAUUGAUGCAUCUUAGAUGGCCACUUACUAGCUUUUAAGACCUCAGAUGCCACUCACCAAAGUGGAGUGCAGGACAUUUUCUUAAUAAACUUUGUUAGGCCAAUUGACCUAGAUGUCCCCCGAAACCAUGGUCCCCAGACCCCCACCCCUGCUACCCUGUCCCUCCAAGUAUUUGGUUGUGUUCAGGAAACUUCUUAGCUUUUGGUUUAGUCUAGUUGUACUGACUUCCCCUGUAUUUGUUUAUCCCUUCACCUAAGAUAAUUCUUGUGUACUAUCUCGUUAGUAUGGAAACCCUGGUGGCGUAGUGGUUAAGUGCUACGGCUGCUAUUUUUAUCUAGUUAGUGAAUUCCCCUCUCCCUCCCUCCCCACCCUCUUAACUAUCAAAAAUGUUUUCUGUAUCUAAACCUUUUCUUGAAUUCUUAUAAUAGUGGUCUCAUCCAAUAUUUGUCCUUUUGUGACUGACUAAUAUCACUCAGCAUAAUGCUUUACCAGAUUCAUCCAUAUUGUGAGAUGUUUCAGGGAUUCAUUAUUGUUCUUUAUCAUUGCUUAGUACUCUAUGAAUAUACCGUAAUUUGUUUAUCCAUUCUUCUGUUGAUGGGCACCUAGGUUGUUUCCAUCAUUUUGCUAUUGUGAACAGUGCUGCAGUGAACAUGGGUGUGCACGUAUCUAUUCCUGUGAGGGCUCUUAUUUCUCUAGGAUAUAUUCCAAGGAGUGGGAUUGCUGGAUCGUAUGGUACUUCUAUUUCUAGCUUUUUAAGGAAGUGCCAAAUCGAUUUCCAAAGUGGUUGUACCAUUUUACAUUCCCACCAGCAGUGUAUGAGGGUACCAGUCUCUCAACAACCUCUCCAACAUCUAUUAUUUUGUGUUUUUUUUGGAUUAAUGCUAGCCUUGUUGGGAUGAGAUGGUAUCUCAUUGUAGUUUUGAUUUGCAUUUCUCUAAUGGCUAAUGAUUGUGAGCAUUUCCUCAUGUACCUGUUAGCUGCCUGAAUGUCUUCUUUGGUGAAGUGCGUGUUCAUUUCCUUUGCCCAUUUUUUAAUUGGGUUUUUAGUCUUUUUGUUGUGGAGGUUUUUCAGUAUCUUGUAGAUUUUAGAGAUUAGACCCUGGUUAGAUACGUUGUAGCACAAAAUUUUUUCCUAGUCUAUAGGUUAUCUUUUUACCCUUUUGGUGAAGUCUUUUCAUGAGUGUAAGUGUUUGAUUUUUAGGAGCUCGCAGUUAUCUAGUUUCUCUUCUUAUGUUUGUGCAUUGUUAGUUAUGGUUUGUGUUCUGUCGAUGCCGUGUAUUAGGGCUUCUAGCGUUGUCCCUAUUUUUUGUGGCAUGAUCUUUAUCCUUUUAGAUUUUAUAUUUAGGUCUUUGAUCCAUUUUGAGUUAGUUUUUGUACAUGAUGUGAGAUAUGGGUCUUGUUUCAUUCUUUUGCAGGUAGAUAUCCAGUUAUGCCAGCACCAUUUGUUAAACAGACUGUCUUUUCCCCACUUAAUGGACCUUGGGCCUUUGUCAAAUAUCACCUGCUCAUAGGUAGAUGAAUUUAUGUCUGGAUUUCUGUUCCAUUGGUCUAUGUAUCUGUUGUUGUACCAGUACCAGGCUGUUUUGACUACCUUGGCAUAUAAUAGUUUCUAAAAUCAGGUAGUGGGAGGCCUCCCACUUUGUUCACCUUCUUCAGUAAUGUUUUACUUAUCCGGGGCCUUUCCCUUCCAUAUGAAGUUGGUGAUUUGUUCCUCCAUCUCAUUAAAAAAUGUCGUUGGAAUUUGGAUUGGAAUUGCAUUGCAUCUAUAAAUCGCUUUUGGUAGAAUAGACAUUUUGACAAUGUUAAGUCUUCCUAUCCAUGAAGAAGGUAUGUUUUUCCACUUAUGUAGGUCUCUUUUGAUUUCUUGCAGUAGUGUCUUAUAGUUUUCUUUGUAUAGGUCUUUUACGUGUCUGUAAGGUUUAUUCCUAAGUAUUUUUUUUUCCUUGAGGGCUAUUGUAAAUGGUAUUGAUUUGGUGAUUUCUUUGACAUUCUCUUUGUUGUAGAGGGAUCCAACUGAUUUUUGUAUGUUAAUCUCGUAUCCUGAUACUUUGCUAAAAUCUUCCCUUAGUUCCAGUAGUUUUCUUGUGGAUUCUUUGGGGUUUUCUGUUCAUAAGAUCAUAUUAUCUACAAAUAGAGAUACAUUUACUUCUUCCUUACCAAUUUGGAUGUCCUUUAUUUCUUUUUCUUACCUUAUUGUGCUGGCUAGGACCUCCAGUACAACGUUGAAUAAGAGUGGUGAUAAAGGGCAUCCUUGUCUGGUUCCUGUUCUCAAAGCAAGGGGAAUGUUUUCAGACUCUCUCCAUUUAGGAUGAUGUUGCUGUUGGCUUUGUAUGAAUGCCCUUUAUUAUUUUGUGGAAUUUUCCUUCUAUUCCUAUUCCAUCAUGAAUGGGUGUUGGACUUUGUCUAACACCUUUUCUGCAUCAACUGAUAAGAUUACUACACGGUUCUAAUCUUUCGUUUUAUUUAUGUGAUGGAUUACAUUGAUUGCUUUUCUAAUGUUGAACCAUCCCUGCAUACCUGGUAUGAAUCGCACUUGGUCAUGAUGAAGUAUUUUUUUUUGACAUGUUGUUGAAAUUCUGUUGGCUAGAAUUUUGUUGAGGAUUUUUGCAUCUAUGUUCAUGAGCGAUGUUGGUCUGUAAUUUUUUUUUGUGGUGUCUUUACCUGCUUUUGGUAUCAGGGUUAUUCUCGUAGAAUGAGUUCAGAAGUAUUCCAUCCUUUUCUAUGCUCUGAAAUACCUUCAGUAGUACUGGUAUCAACUCAUCUCUGAAAGUUUGGUAGAAUUCUUCCGUGAAGCCGUCAAGGUCAGGUCUUUUUUUUUGUUGGAAGUUUUUAAAUUACUUCUUCAGUCUCUUCUUUUGCUACUGGUUUAUUUAGUUUUUCUACCUCGGUUUGUGUUAGUUUAGGUAGGUAGUGUGUUUCUAGAAUUUUGUCCAUUUCCUUUAGGUUUUCAAAUUUGUUGGAGUAUAGUUUUUCAUAAUAUUCUGUUACGAUUAUUUUAAUUUCAUUUGGGUCUGUUUUGAUAUCGCUCAUCUCAUUUCUUAUUCGGGUUAUUUGCUUCCUCUCCUGUUUUUCUUUUGUCAUUUUGACCAACGGUUUAUUGAUUUUGUUGAUCGUUUCAAAGAACCAGCUUUUGGUCUUGUUAACUCUUUCAAUUGUUUCUCCUAUUCUCUAUUUCAUUUAUUUCUGCUCUAAUUUUUUUUUAUUUCCUUUCUUCUAGUACCUGAGGGCUUCUUUUGCUGCUCUCUUUCUACUUGAUUGAGUUGGAAGGUUAAUGUUUUGAUUUUGGCCCUUUCUUCUUUUUGGAUGUGUGCAUAUAUUGUUAUAAAUUGACCUCUGAGUGCUGCUUUUGCUGUGUCCCAAAGGUUCUGGUAGGAUGUGUUUUCUUUCUCAUUUGAUUCUGGGAAUUUCUUUAUUCCCUCCUUGAUUUCAUCUGUAAUCCAGUACUUUUCAAGCAAAGUUUUGUUUGGCUUCUAUGUAUUUGAUAUUUUUGCUUGCUGUUCCUGUUAUCGAUUUCUACUUUUAUGGCAUUAUGGUCAUAAAAGAUGCUUUGUAAUAUUUUGAUGUUUUGGAUUCUCUUAAGGCUUGCUGUGUGGCCUAAUAUGUGGUCAGUUCUGGAGAAUGUUCCAUGUGCCCUGGAAAAGGAAGUAUACUUGACAGCUGUUGGGUGGAGUGUUCUGUAUGUCUGUGAGAUCAAGUUGGUUGAUUUUGGCAUUUAGACCUUCUGUGUCUUUAUUGAGGUUCUUUCUGGAUGUUUUGCCCUUCACUGAAAGUGGUGUGUUGAAGUCUCCUACUAUUGUUGUGGAGCUGUCUUUUCAAUGCUGGUAGAGUUUGUUUUAUGUAUUUUGGAGCCCUGUCCUUGGGUGCGUAAAUAUUUAUCAUGGUUACGUCCUUCUGGUGUAUUGACCCUUCAAUCAUGUAGUAUCCUUCAUCGUAGAUUUUACUUUAACAGAGAUUAAUAUUGCCACUCCUAGUCUUUUUUGAUUGUUGUUUAUUUGAUAUUUUUUUUUCAUCCUUUGAGUUUUAGUUUGUGUCUUUGAGUGUAAGGUGCGUCUCUUGUAGGCAGCAUAUAGACGGAUUAUGUUUUUUUAUCCAUUCUGGCACUCUUUGUGUAUUUAUUCUAUUUGCAUUCAGCAUAAUUAUUGACAGGUGUGAGUUUAUUACUGUCAUUUUGAUGUCUUUUUUGUGUGUUGUUGACGGUUUCUUUGUUCCACUUAAUUUUCUUUUCUGAAUCAUUUUUCUUUUUGUAUUUUGUUUUCAUCAUUUUCAUUGUUGUUGAUUUUGUAUUAGCUGAGUCUGUUUUUCUUGUUUUUUAUUUUGAUGUGUAUGAUUGUUAGUUUCCUUUGUUAUCUUAAAAUUUAACUGUUUUUCCAAGUUUAAACCAAUUUUUUAUUUCUUGAUGUCGCCUCGAAUUCCUCUCCAUAUGGAAGUUCUAUGACUACCUUAUUUAGUCCCUCUUUUUUGUAUUUAUGUUGUCAUCUUUGACAUAUUGAUAUGUCUGUUUCCCUAUUUUCAGUGUUUUACCUUGAACUUAUUUUUCGACUUCCCUAUCAGUUGGUAUCUGGUUGUUGUGUCCUGUGUUCUAGCCUUGGGUUAUUAUUUGAUAGUAUUGAUUCUCUAACCAUAGGACUUCCUUUAGUAUUUCUUGUAAUUUCGGUUUUGUUUUUACAAAUUUCCUUAACUUCAGUUUAUCUGGAAAUGCCCUAAUUUCGCCAUCAUGUUUGAGAGACCGUUUUGCUGGAUAUAUAAUUCUUGGCUGGCAAUUUUUUCAUUCUAGGCUGUAUAUACUUAGUCUUAUUGACACUUCUUUGUAGAAGACUUUGUGUUUAUCCCCAGCCACUCUUAAAUUUUUCUCUGUAUCUUUGGUUUUAGCAAGUUUGGUUAUAAUAAUGUCUUGAUGAUUUUCUUUUGGAAUCUACCCUGUGUAGGGUUCAAGGAACUUCUUAGAGAGAUAUCUUCUCAUCUUUCACAGUAUCAGGGAAGUUUUCUGCCAACAAAUCUUCAACAAUUCUCUCCGUAUUUUUCUGUUAUCCCCCCCACCCCUGUUCUGUGUACUACAGUCACUCAUAGCUUAUUCCUCUUGAUAGAGUCCCACAUAAUUUUUAGGGUUUCUUCAUUUUUUAAGUCUUUUAUCUGAUUUUUUGUCAAAUAAAUUGGUGUCAAGUGGUUUAUCUUCAAUCUCAGUAAUUUUGAUUUCCAUUGCCUGAAUUCUCCUUUGACUUACUAUUUAAUUGUCUAAUUCUGAAAUUUUAUUGUUAAUCUUUUGGAUUUCUGUUUGCUACCUCUCUGUGGAUUCUUGUAGCCUGUUAAAUUUGACAUUUUGCUCUUGUAUAACUUUCUUAUGUUCUUCUGUUGCUUUGCCCGUGUGUUCCUUGGCUUGAUCUGCGUUUUGCCUGAUCUUCUUCCUGAUCUCUUGAGCUCUCUACAUUAAUAUUUUGAAUUCUACUUCCAGUAAUUCGAAGACCUUCCCUUCCCUCAGGAGGUAUCCUGGUUCUUUGUUUUGAUCAGUUGCUGUAGCCAUCAUGGUCUGCCUCUUUAUUUGACUUGAUAUUGACUGUUUUCUCCAAGCCAUCAAUAAGUUAUUAUGUUUAUAUAUUUUAUGUUUGCUUACUGUGUCUUAGCUUCUCGGUUUGUUUUGUUUUGAAAUGCCUAAAUAGGCUGGUUGUGUGAGCUGCUUUGGUUAUUGGCAUCUUUGAAGCGCUCGCAUGCUGUCACCAGGUGUUUAGAGCUGCUACUAGCUAUGUGAGCCCAGGAGUCCAUUUACUUUUCUUGUGUGGUUUCAGUUCAGGGGUCCAGGUAGUCGGUCACCAAGUGUGUGGUGCAGACUCUCACCUACAGUCCUAGACGAGCAGGGCUACAUAGGGGUGAUUGGAACAGGCACAAGAAUCUGGCUACAGUAGGGGGUUAUGUCCCGAGUAAGGUAGGGGACUGAUGACUGCCCCUGAGUGCCUGGGUGGAAGACAUGUCCCUAUUUCCUAGAGCACAUGGGUGGGUUUUGCAACUGGACUUUAAGCACCCAAUGCUGUUGGCUGUAAGGACUGGGAGGCACCACUUAUUCUUGGACCCCUGUUGUGGGUGGCUAGGUGGAGUGGGUGGUACCACCAUUCCUCAGGCCCCUGAUGUGGGGAGGUUAGGACCCUGUUUUAUGGGCAGGUUGGUGUCAUCUAUCACGAAUCUGCCACUCCCCCUUAGCUGUUGCAGUUGAAAAUGGCUUCAGUUAUAUACCCUGUUGUAGUAUGCUAAUGAGGGCCUAUGUUGUUGAAAUGGGCACACACAGGUCUAGGCAGGGGUGAAAAGCAUUCAAAGUCCUUGGACCCCUUAUGACUGUGCAUAGGCAAAGGGACUGUGUCUGCCCUGAGGUCUCAGCUUAGGAUAGCUGGCAGAUUCUUUUUUCCUAUUUGUUAUAUGUUAAUUUGUUCCCUCUCCAAAGCCAGGAGAAUGGCUUGGUGCAUGCGAUGGGUCUCACUUCAUGCCCAGGGGGGCGC